AUGUCGUGCCUCAAGUCCCGAGCCUCUCCCGCACGCCUCCGGCUCGGACGUGCCAGGGCAUUGCUGUGCAGGCGAGCGAGCGCCAAGGCCUGCACCACGGCGGCCCGCGGCUGCCGGGACUUCGUCCCCGCCGCAGCGCCCAGGGCUGCAGCGAGGGGCCGCGCCCCCCGCGAGACCGCGGAGCAUAUUCGACCCGUCUCUCGCCCACGAGCCUCGGCGCGGGCGAUCCCCGGGCGCGCCGUACGCGCGCUCGGCGCGAUGCUCCCGCCGCUGCGCGCGGUGGCCCGGCCGGCGCCCCGCGCGGCGGCCCCGCGGGCGCGCGGCGCCGCGGCGCCGCGGGCGUGGCCGGGCCGCGGGGCGCGCGCCGUGGCCCUGGCCGCGGCGCUCGGCGGCCUGCGCGCGCCGCGCGGGGCGGCGCCGCAGCUGCCCGCCCUGGCGGGCGGCGCGCCGGCGCCCUGGCGCGGCGCCGCGGGCGCCCGGGCGGCGGCGCCGGCGUGCAGAGGAGGGGCAGCUUUGCUGCCCCCGGGGGACGUCCUCAGGCACCACGCCAUCAACACCAGCUACGACCCGCGCCUGCGGCUGCUGCGUCCCUCGCCUCCGGUCUACGAGCUGCCCGGCUUCCUCCUGGAGGGUUCCAUGGGGGCCUCGGACCACACCCUCCAGCCGCUCACGGGCGACGAGUGCCGGGCGCUCGUGGAGCUCGCGCGCCCGCUGCUGCAGCCGUCGCCUGUGGUGCAGCUGGCGAGUAGCCCGGGCUCGGGCGGCGCGCGGGAGGUGCACGGCGUCUCCGCCUCGCGCACCAGUACCACCUGCUUCCUCGCGAGGGAGUCGUGCGGGGCCCUGCUGGCAAAGGUCGGCGCGCUGACGGGCAAGCCUCGGGAGUGCUUUGAGUUGGUGCAGGUGGGCCGCUACCUCAAGGGACAGUUCUACCGACCGCACCACGACGCGCUCGAUCCGCACACGGAGAGUUGGGCAGGGAGUUCGUGA